AUGUGGAACAAAACUGCCAAAAUGUCCCAGGUGCAUGAAAGUGAAACUCUUGAAGACAGGGUAGUCGAAAUCUUGUCCAGGUUGUCGCCCAAAUCUCUGAUGCGAUUCAAAUGUAUACGCAAGUCUUGGUGCACUCUCAUCAAUAGUCCAAGUUUUGUGGCCCAACAGCUCAGCAAUUCUGUGGACAACAAAUUCUCAUCCUCCACUUGUAUCCUUCUCAACCGUUCUCAGACUCAUGUCUUCCCAGACAAUAGUUGGAAACAAGAAGUUUUCUGGUCCAUGAUUAAUCUUUCUAUUGAUAGUGAUGAGCACAACUUUCAUUAUGAUGUUGAGGACCUAAAUAUACCAUUUCCGUUGGAAGAUCAUGAUUACGUAUUGAUUCUCGGUUAUUGCAAUGGGAUUGUUUGUGUAACAGCAGGUAAAAUUAUUCUUUUAUGCAAUCCUACAACGAGGGAAUUCAUGCGACUUCCCAGUUCAUGCCUUCUUCUACCUUCCCGUCCCAAGGGAAAAUUCGAAUUGGAAACGGUCUUUCGAGCAUUAGGAUUUGGCUAUGAUUGCAAAGCUAAAGAAUACAAGGUUGUGCAAAUUAUAGAAAAUUCUGAGUAUUCAGAUGAUGAGCGAACAUAUUAUCAUCGUAUUCCUCUUCCUCACACGGCUGAGGUAUACACCACGGCUGCUAACUCUUGGAGAGAGAUCAAGAUUGAUAUAUCAACUAAAACUUAUUCUUGUUCUUGUCAAGUGUACUUGAAGGGACUUUGUUAUUGGUAUGCAACGGAUGGUGAGGAAUACAUACUUUCAUUUGAUUUAGGUGAUGAUAUAUUUCAUAGAAUACAAUUGCCUUCUAGAAGAGAAUCCGGUUUUAAGUUUUAUUAUAUCUUUCUUUGUAAUGAAUCCCUUGCUUCGUUUUGCUCUCGUUACGAUCAAAGUGAGAAGUCUGAAUCAUGUGAAAUAUGGGUAAUGCACGACUAUGACGGAGUAAAGAGUUCAUGGACAAAACUACUAAUCAUUGGACCCUUACAAGCCAUUGGGAAGCCAUUGACAUUUUGGAAAAAUGACGAGCUUCUUAUGCUUGCCUCCGAUGGAAGAGCCACCUCUUAUAAUUCUAGUACUGGAAAUCUCAAAUAUCUUCAUAUUCCUCCGGUUCUCAAUAGAGUUGUAGAUUUCCAAGCUCUUAUUUAUGUGAAAAGUAUUGUUUCACUCAAGUGAGUUGAGUGCAAAAUUCCA